UCCAUCAACAACAACUGACAAUGCUAGGCCAACAACAGCCAUUUCUCAUGGCUGCUUCAGCAAAGUCUAGUGUUGGAUCCCAAAGAUUUCCUGCCGUUGUGUAUCAACCUUGGUCCAAUGGUAUUCUCAUGCCCAAUCAAAAUUGGGGAAGUAUAGGCCAUCAAGUCCCUGGAAUGAUGAUGCCUGUAGCUGAUCCACAAAAAUAUAUGCAGAUGGGAAACUACCAACACAUACAUCAGACAGGAAAUUCAGUUCCCUUUCCAACAACGAGCAUGUAUACAGUAGGGCCAGUAGCUCCAAUCAGUGGUGUGACAAGCAUGAGAGCAAAUGGGGCUCCCUCAGUAUCGCCAGUACCUUCAAUCACACCAACUCAAUCAGGAAAAGAUUAUGAUUUUUCAUCAUUAAUGCAAGGGAUGUAUACAAAACAGUGAGCAAUUGCUCAAGUUGUGGGUAACAAUAUAUGUUUAGCAGAAACAUUUGACUUAGAGGAAAUCAUUUGAGGCGUAUAUUCCUUUAUAUUUGAAACAGUAAGCACAUUGUUGGUGAUUCAUGUGUAUCAAUAAGCAUGCUAGUGUAAUAAAGUCGAGCUCAUCA